AUGUCCCUCCGCCCAACCCUCCUCACAAAAUGGAUCUCGCGCCCUAGCGCGGUCCUCAAAACCCCAAGCUUAUCCUCAUACCUCCACCCCUCGACCCGUCCAUCCCUCGCACGCCACACAAUCUUCGCCCAGGGAACACAAGCCACACGUCGGAACCUCACGACAGCGCGCUUCUCAACGCGCACCCGCCCGGCACCGAGCUCGUUCCAGUUCAAGCAGCGCCGGUUUAAUUCCGGGUCGGCUGGUGAUGGUGCCAAGGGGUCUGGAGCUGGAGCUGGAGCUUCGGAGAAGGCGUCGCUAUCGCAGCGGUUGAAGAAACUGUCGCGGGAGUAUGGAUGGGCUGCGCUGGGAGUGUAUCUUGGACUCUCGGCGCUGGAUUUCCCAUUCUGCUUUGCAGCCGUGCGCUUGCUUGGUGUUGAGCGCAUUGGAUACUACGAGCAUGUUGUUAUUGGGUUUGUUAAGGAUAAGCUCAAGACUGUGUGGCCGCAGAAUAAGAGUCCUGAAGCGGAGGAUGGGCAGGGGCAACUUGCUCAGGCUGAGGAGCGGAAUCAGGAAGAAGCUAGUAUCUGGACGCAGUUGGUUUUCGCUUAUGCCAUCCAUAAGAGCUUUAUAUUUAUUCGAGUGCCGUUGACGGCGGCAGUGACGCCAAAGGUUGUGAAGAUCCUGCGUGGAUGGGGGUGGGAUAUUGGGAAGAGGAAGCCGAAAAGUACGUGA